CUGUGUUGCAAUGUAGUGGAGAAGCAAACAUAAUGAAUGUUCAGGACUUUUUGUUAAUAGGAAAUUAACAAAAUAAUGUAAGCACCUACAACAUGCUAGGAGCAGGGAUACCUCUCACAGCCUCUUGAGGCACUUCUGCUGAAUUGACUAAGUGUAACUCAGGGACGAAUGCACUUCAGGUCCACAAUGCUCUUCUACGAGGUGUGUUGGAUUGAACCAUUGCUGGAGGAGCCCAUGCCUGACAUGCCUUGUGUCACAAGAGGCAGAGAGGUGAGCAGAGCUGAGACACUGGAAAAAGAUGAGUAAAACCUUUUUUUUCUUCUUAACGUUACACUAAAGUGUCCUUCUGCCUCCGCGACCCCACGGUUGCCCCCCAGCCAUGAAAGGACUCAAUUACCCCCUUUUCACUUCAUUCAAGUGUUGAGGUGUUGUCGUCAGCCGAUGGGAAUAUAAGCCACAUGCAUGGCGAGCGCAGCACAUUAGGCCUUUACCAUAUAAAAGCAUCGAUCAAUGCUUUCCUAUGGGGAUUUAGAAGAUGCUGGAUGUCAUCAUGCAAUGAGAUGAAGUGGCCUGGGUGCCUAUAGUGUCUCUUUAAUUUUAAUGGAAAAAGCAAGGGGACCUCUACAACAAUAUGGGCUUGUAUUCCUAACACUGUAGUGUUCCUUUAAUGGUACCUAUUUUAGUAACCCUGGAAGAAUGAAAUAUUUAACUGUCCUUUUUCUUUAAAGAGACACUAUAGUCACCAAAACAACUUUAGCUUAAUGAAGCAGUUUUGGUGUAUAGAUCAUGACACUGCAGUCUCACUGCUCAAUUCUCUGCCAUUUAUGAGUUAAAUCACUUUAUUUAUAUAGCCCAAAUCACACCUCCCUGCAUAUGACUUACACAUAUUAAACAUGGGUUAAUCUGGGCACAUGGUGUGGGCACCGAGAGUGCACUGCUGGGGUACAGUGGUACCUGUGCUCAGUCCUUAGGUCAUCCUAUGCCGUGCUGGGGUACUCAGCUUCCUUGCCCAGAGAGUCUCGCUAUUGUACCCUGUUGCCCUCCCAGGUAGAGACCCGCAUACAGGAGUCGAAGGUAAGACCUUGCUAUGGAGGCACUGAAGCCUCUCCUGUGUGGUCUCAUAAUCCGGCUGUAGUUGUGAGUCAGGCUACUAGGGGCAGUCCGGUCGGGUUGUGGCAGGUUAGUUGUUGCGUUGUUUACCGCCUUUCUUGUGCUGGGAUGCCUUACUGGGUUCCGAUGGGCAGCGUGUGAGCGGCGUGAGCAUGGUCAUGUGGUCCGCCAUUUUCGGGCCCUCUGCACCUUGGGCACCGUCGGUUUGCCACUGGAUCGUGGAGGUGUCUUACGAGGUGUCUGAACCUGUUGUUGCCUAAGUUCCAAUUUGUUCCAAAAGGCAGUGAACAGGCUGUUCAGUUUAGCUUCGAGGUCCCUGCUUGUAUGUGAGCACGUGGCCUCCGCCAUUUUCUGCUUCUCUACGGCUGGAUGUUGCUCAUUCAGUGUCUGGUCGUGUGUGUUGUGGAGCAGGGUUGCCUCCCUGGAGUGGACCGGGAUCACCCCUGCCGGUCCCUGGGAGGGCAGGAGGGGGUAGAGCAGUUUGGUGUGUGGUCAGGCUUUGCAAUUCGAUUUGCAUCGGGAAAUCCGCUGAGAUUAGUGGGAGCUCUGUGAACAUGCGACUGUUCGUCUUGCAGGUCAGGCUCUGCCUCGGAGAUAAAAACUUUUAAAGUAAGUUACACCUGAUUGAAAACAAAACUAUUUUUUUCAUCCAGGCUGUGUCAGGGAGUUGUGGCUAGGGCUACAUAAACAGAAACAAAAGUGAUUUAACUCUUAAAUGGCAGUGGAUUAAGUCGUGAAGCUUCAGAGGCAUAAUCUAUGCACGAAAAACUGCUUCAUAAAGUUGUUUUGAUGACUACAGUGUCCCUUUAACCCCUUAAUGACGAGUGACGGACCUGGUCCGUCACCCAGGGGAGACCCUUAACGACGGGUGACGGACCAGGUCCGUCAUGGGUUAAAAUUAACCCCAGAUUGCAGCGAUCGCAGGGUUAACGGUGCUCCGGUAUGACUCUGUAUUAGAGGCAGACCGGGAGCACCCGAUCGCGCUGCCCCUGCAGCAGUGAUCGCUCUGACAGGCUGUCAGAGCGAGCACAUGUGCUGCAGGGACUUACCAUCCGCGUCCCUGCGCUUCCGGGUUCUGUGAAGUGCAGGGAGACGGAUCAUUGAUGAUCUGCUUCCCUGUUAAAAAAAUAAAAAUAAAUCCCACCCCCCUUUACCCAUUUUAAAUAAAAAUUAACCCCAUCCCUGCCAAUUGAUCACAGACUACAGUGAUCAAUUGGCAGGGAUUACAUUUUACUGUCAUCUGAUUUUUAUUUAUUUUUUUAACCCCUGAGGGUUAAUUUUUUUUUUUCAACCUUCAGGGGUGAGAUUUAUUUUAUUAAUUAAUUUAAAUAUUUUAAAAUGAUAUAUUUAGCUAGCUGGGCUGGGUGGAAGUUAGUGGGGAAUUGGGGGAUUUGGUAUUAGGCUAACUAGAGGUUAAAGUUAAAAAAGGUUUUAAAAUAAGCUUUAAAAAGUUAAAAACAUUUUUAAAUAAAAGUUUUAAUAACAUUUAAGUAAAAAAAACAACACCCCCUAUGCCCAGUCCAAAUAAAAAUUAACCCCUUCCCUGCCAGUCGACCACUGCCUACAGUGAUCAAAAUACAGAUCACAGUAUUAUACUGUGAUCUAAUUUUUUUAACCCCUGAGGAUUAAUUUUUAUUUAUUUUUUAACCCUCAGGGGUUCAAUUUAAUUAAUUAAUUAAUUAAUUUAAAUAUUUUAUAAUUAUAUCUUUUGCUAGCUCGGGUGGGUGGGGGUUAUGGGAAAGUGGGGAAUUUACUGUUAGUACUGCUUACUGCUAGUUAGGGUUAACGGUAAAAAAAAACUUAUAAAAAUGUUAAAUCUGUAGGAAAAAAAAAAGGUUUAAGAAAGUUUAGGAAAGUAAAAAAAAUGUAAUAAGCAAAAAAAAGUUUAUAAACUAGUUUUAAAAAGUAAAAAAGGUUUAAAAAAGUAAAAAAAUACAUUUAAAAACGCUCAUUACCACUACACUUGGAACAAACUAGAGAAAAAAUGAUCCCACGCUAAGGUUCAAAAUAAGCCUUUUGAAUUACCCCAGGGUGUAUUCUUUAAGAAAUGGUAUGUGUUUGUGUGAAGGUUUCAAUAACCAACCAUCUAAACUACUCCAAAUUGGAUCAUGGACACAGCGUAAAACUUCAAAGUUAGAAAAAAACUGAAUGGCUGCGUCUCAAAUGUGCCCCUUCAACAUCCACAUAUACCUGGCAAAGGUACAUACGGGGGUAUUGCUGUACUCAGACGACAUAGCUGAGCAAUAUAUGUAGUAUUAUACAGUCGUAGCACACAUAAGGUUUGCAAAAUAUACUGUGCAAACUCACUUUGUGUGUCAAAAAGGCAGAAAAAACCCUUAAUAUCACUAGACUUGGUGCAAGCUAGCAGAAAAAUGAUUCCACACUAAGGUUCAAAAUAUGCCUUUUGAAAUACUCUGGAAUGUCUUCUUUAAGAAAUGGUAUGGCUUUAUGGGGUAUUUGGAUUAUAUAGCCUGGUAAAAUACUCUAAAAUGGGACAUGGGCACAGCGUAAAAAUUUUAAGUUUGAAACAAACUGGAAUGGCUGUGUCCCAAAUGUGCCCCUUUCAUGUCCACAUAUACCUGGCAAAGGUACAAAUGGGGGUAUCGCUGUACUCAGACGACAUAGCUGAGAAACAUAUGAAGUAUUAUACAGUUGUAGCACACAUUAGGUUUGCAAAAUGUACUGUGCAAACUCACUUUGUGUGUCAAAAAGACAGAAAAACGCUUAUUACCACUACACUUGGUACAAGCUAGCAAAAAAAUUAUCCCACGCUAUGGUUCAAAUUAUGCCUUUUGAAAUACCCUGGGAUAUCUUCUUUAAGAAUGGUAUGCCUUUAUUGGGUAGUUGGAUUAUAUAGCCUGCUAAAAUGGGGCAUGGACACAGCGUAAAAAUUCAAAGUUUGAAAAAAAACUGGAAUGGCUGUGUCUCAAAUGUGCACCUUUCAUGUCCACAUAUACCUGGCAAAGGUACUUAUGGGGGUAUUGCUGUACUCAGACGACAUAGCUGAGAAACAUAUGAAGUAUUAUACAGUUGUAGCACGCAUUAGGUUUGCAAAAUAUACUGUGCAAACUCACUUUGUGUGUUCAAAAAGGCAGAAAAAAAUGCUUAUUACCACUGCACUUGGUAUAAGCUAGUGGAAAAAUUAUCCCACGCUAAGGUUCAAAAUAUGCUGUUUGAAAUACCCUGGUAUGUCUUCUUUAAGAAAUGGUAUGGCUUUAUGGGGUACUUGGAUUAUAUAGCCUGGUAAAAUACUCUAAAAUGGGACAUGGGCACAGCGUAAAAAUUAAAAUUUUGAAAAAAACUGGAAUGGCUGUGUUCCAAAUGUGCCCCUCUGAUGUCCACAUAUUUCUGGCAAAGGUACACGCUAAGGUUCAAAAUAUGCCUUUUGAAAUAUCAUGAGAUGUCUUCUUUAAGAAAUGGUAUGCCUUUAUGGUGUAGUUGUAAUAUGUAGCCUGCUCAAGUGCUCCAAAGUGGGACACGGACGCAUCAAAACCCUCCAUGAAAAUUCACACUUAAAGGAUCACUAUAGUGUCAGGAAAACAAAGCGGUUUUCCUGACAUUAUAGUGCCCUGAGGGUGCCCCCUACCUUCAGGAUCCCCCUUCCGUGGCGCUGAAAGGGUUAAAAUCCCCGCAGCCACUUACCUUUAUCCAGCGCCAGGCUCCCUCAGCGCUGGUGAUCGCUCGUCCCCGUCCGAGGUCAGCUCCAUCGUCCGACGUCACUGGAGCCGAAUGCGCAUGUGCGGCAAGUGUUCCGAGCGCGCAUUCAAAGUGUCCAUAGGAAAGCAUUUCUCAGUGCUUUCCUAUGGAUGCUCUGCGUGAUGGAGGCGAAAUUCGCCUCAAGCGUCGCAGAUGCGCCUCUAGUGGCUGUCUGGAAGACAGCCACUAGAGGCUGGAUUAACCCCAAAUGUAAACAUAGCAGUUUCUGGGAAACUGCUAUGUUUACAUGUGAAGGGUUAAAACCUGAGGGACCUGGCACCCAGACUGUGAUGGGAUUUCAGCUAGCCAUGUUGCCUGUCCAUAUAAGGUGAUCCUGUAUAUCCUGUUUGUUGAUUGGUGUAAGGUUACAGAUGGGGGGGAUGCAUAGCUAAUAAAAAGCCUCUACACCAUGUGCUCAGGGCUCAGACCUUUUGAACAGGAGUUCAGCUGAGACCCGAUCGGUGAGAAUAAAGACCUUUAUUUCCUGAACAGACCUGUGUCCGACUCUUUGUGUCUGGCUUCUUCAGUGUUACCCUGUAACAUAACUGGUGCAUUGGCCGGGAAGCCAGGGCAGAGACCCUAAGACGGUGAACUUUUACCCAGUGUUCCACGGCAACACCCCUGGACUGUUACUGCGUGGACCUCCUUUCGUCUCGGCGCCACUGGCCUUUUGUCCAGGAGACCAUCGGCUUCUGCGCAGUGGGUAUUGGGGUGUCCCGUCGAUUAAUUUUGAACCCCAGGUCCAGGAACUAAAGGUAACCCACUAGGGGAAACAAAUCUGUAUCUGACUGACCUCCCUGAACGGGGGGAAGAGAUGGCUGAUCCCCGUCUUAAGCUAAACGCUCUGUAGCUAGCCCGUUUAGCAUAGGGUCUGUUUGUCCGGCUGAAUUCUGAUGUAUAUAUGUUCAGUCGGACUCUGGUAUCUAGACUAGUUGAACUCUGUAAAUUCCUUUCACUAGAUCGUGAAUAUUGGAGUGAGUAGACUAACCGAACUCUGUUGUAAAUUCCUUUCGCUAGAUCUCGAAGUAUGUUCUGAUUCUGGUAUCUCGACUAGUUGAAGUCUGUUGUAAUUUCCUUUCAUUAGAUCGUGGAUAUUGGAGUGAGUAGACUAGCCGAACUCUGUGGUAAAUUCCUUUCGCUAGAUCUUGAAGUAUGUACAUGAACUUAGUAUAAGCUCUGUUCAGUUUAGAAUACUGUUUAAGUAAACUCUGAUGUAUAUAUAUUGUAUAGCUAAGCUCUAGUCUGUAAUAUGUAUGUCUUGCUAAAGUUUGAGCUUUGCUGUUUAGCGGACUUGUAAGUGCAGAUAGUGUUUAAUUCUGGUGUAAAUAUUGUAUAGCUAAGCUCUAGUAUGUAACAUGUAUGUCUUGCUAAAGUUUGAGCUUUGCUGUUUAGCGGACUGGUAAAGUGCAGCUAGUGUUUAAUUACGCACAACACCAUAACUACUGACACCAUAACUACUGACACCACAACUACUGACAUUAUAACCACGACACCAUAAAUACUGACUGACAUUGUAACUUUAAUACCAUAACUACUUUAUAAUACCAUAACCACUGACAGUACCACAACCACUGACUGUUGAUAUGGAAUUGUAGAAAUAUCAUGCGAUCGGGUGGUUUAGAUGAUGAUUAACUAUGAUUAUAGAUAAUUGUAUAGCAUUUGGUGGUUUUUGACUUCGUUCUGUAUGUGUGAGACUUCAUUAAUGCUGUGAAACGUGUGAGGUUCCUGUGCGUGUGUGUACGUGUGUGUUUUGGCCUUGUAACCGCAACACGUGGUGUUAGUGAUAAGGAGAUUUGUGUGUCAAUUGUAACUGUGUUUGUAUAUUUGUAUUGCUUUGAAUCAGACUCUCUGUUGAAAUCAUGGGUGCUUCUGAUUCACAAACCGUUGGUCCUUUGUCAUGUAUGUAAAAAACAAAACAAAACUUUGCUAAGGGAUAUGCUGUUUGUGAUUAUGGUGUAUCACUGUCCCUCUAAAGAUUAAAAUACUCUGUGUAGCAUAGAACGGCCUGUUUUGGUAACCAGUGGCCCUCCUGGGGUAGCCUUGAUCCAGAUUUAAUACAGCAGGUUUAAAUUGAUAUAACAAGUAUGCUGGAGCUUUAUGAUUAGUUUCUGUAUAUUGAUUGUUGGAAGCAAAUUGUUAGGAAAACAGCCUAAUUGGAUCAAGUUAUGCCACAAGGAACAAUGCAGUCUCAUGGUUGCCAGAAACUGUUUGGCCACUAAGGCCUCAACUCCACCUAGUUUGGACACCCCCAUUGAAUCUGAUCUCCCUUUACCAACCCCCUACUCUUCCUCCCAAGCUAAACCUGGUGUAGCUGGUGUUUUCAUUCCUCCUGCUCUAUUGUCCCCACAUACCUAUCUCAGAUGCCGGUUCUCUUGCUUUAAGCCCUCCUAUUUCUGUACCUACUCCCACUGGUUCUUUUGUAUUCUGAACUGACUCCCUUUUGGUAGGAGUGUAUUUUAGUGUAUUUUAUUAUUGUUCAAUUUAAUUAUUAACAGUCAAAAUUGUGAGGAGAAUUCUUAAAUAACAGUAACUUAGUCCAUUAGAUGAUAAUUCUCAGCAAUGACAUUGUACCAUAAUCACUGACAUAGCACUAUAACUACUGAGCCCUGUGUGCCUUCAGUAACAGUAACUGAGUCUAAAAUACAACUGGAAGAAAUGAUCAAUGGUAUAAAACGCUGGAAUACACUUUUACCCUUUUUUAAGUUACUGGACAGGCCCCUCCCAGCCUUGUCCAAGAUAUCCCUCUUUACUAAAUUACAAACUGAGAUGCUUAAUUUACCUUCCUCUAGCCACCUAAUGACCCCCAACCGGAACUUGUUAGACCACAAUAUUCUAUACAUGUCCGUAGUCUGGUUUAAACAUGUAUGAUUGCUGGUACGCUCCAACCUGGCAUUUACAGAUGCCUCUCCGACUUACACCUUUCCCAACAUACAUUGAUGGCAAUGGCCAGUUGUAAUUGGGAGACUGAGACCCUGUAUGUGAAUAUGUUCCCUUUGCUACAACCGACUUAUUUAUUUGGAAAACCCAUAACCCCUCAUAAAUGGAAAAAGCAGCAAGCUAUGACUGAUUUGGUCAUAUCGAUCAUACAAACCCACAACCCUACUUGGGCUGAUUGCCAGCAGUUACUUUUGACUUUAUUCAUUUCUGAGGAAAAGACCCGUAUUAACUAAGCUGCCAUUGAAGCUCUUGAGGAGACUGUCUGUACCUAAAACCAAGCAAAUCCAGCAGCUUGGGCUACUACCCAUUUCCCUAAUACGGAUCCUGAUUGCUGAUAUGGUUCUUUUAAAAGUUUACCAACAAGCCAUUAUUACAGGCAUGAAAGCAGUUGGGAAAAAGGAUAUAAACAUUUCAAGAACAGCUAAAGUAUUACAAAAAAAAAACCUGAUGAAUCUCCCAGUGCUUUUUUAUGAGAGACUGCUUGAACCAUACAGACAUUAUACCCCCUUUUUUUUUUUAUCCCAAAGACCCUGAGUUCUCAUAUAAUUAAUUCGGCAUUCGUCAGCCAGGCCCAGAGUGACAUUAAAAGGAAAUUGCAAAAGUUAGAGGUAUUUGCAGGGAUGUCCAUAACACAGCUAAUGGAAAUCACAAACAGGGUUUAUAUGAAUAGGGAAGCGUGAGGAGGAACGCAGAAUGAAAAAGAAAGUGGAUAUGCUAGCUGUAGCAAUUACAGGAGUGGGUAGACAAGGAGGAGAGAUAAAAAAGGAAGGUGAGAUUAGGAAUGACAGACAACAGUUAGGUGGAAAUCAAUGUGCGUAUUGCAGAGAGGAAGGACAUUGGAAAAGUGACUGCCCACAGAGGGAAAAUAAAGCAAGUUUUAGACAAAAGGAAGUCUUGGAAGGAGCGACAAUAGUAACAGAGGAGACGUCUAGGAAGGUAGAUACUAUCCCCCUACUCAGAGACCAAAAGAUAGUGACGAUAGGGACUUUGUGGGUCUGGCUGAUACAGUCAUGGAGGACUAUUGCUACAGACUGGGCUCUAUCCCCCUUGACCGAGCGGAGCCUAUGGUCGAAGUAACAAUAGGGGGAAAGAAAAGUCCCUUCAUGAUUGAUACGGGUGCUAAACACUCUGUUGUGACCAAAUUAGUAGCCCCUCCCUCUGGAAAGACUGUCACUGUAAUAGGAGCUACUGGGAAAGAAGCAGUCCCUGAAGUUUGAUUAAAGUGACAUAAGGAAGGUACGAGACGACUUUACCCGUGGGUGAGAAAGAUAUCAGAAAGCAGCAAGUAGGUGUUUUGACGGCCAUAAUAAAGCCUGACCACCUACCAACAUUUCAUAGCCAGAGUGUCUAGCAGGGACCUCUGUGAAGGGAAGAGAGGAUCAGACGAAUAACAUUCCUUGCAGCCCUCACAAGCGGGAAGCUGAGGUGCCGUUGCACGGUUGAAAAUGUUGAUACAUCAUAAUGUAUUUCUUUGUGUGUUUUAGUGUUUUUAUUAUAUAUAUGGAAUGUAAAGGUGAUGACAUACGAGGCUGUGAUAGUUGUAUUAAGACUACAAAAACAGGUAAUCAGAUAUCCCAAACUCUUAUUUGGCACUCGCAUUAUGAAUGUAAAGGAUCUGUGUCUAGAUGUAGAUACUUAGACACUGAUUAUAGUGUGUGUCAACCAGUGUCAGGUGAACCCAAGUGCUUUGAUCCCCAAUUCCAACCCCGUACAAUCUGGCUAGUUCUUUGAAAUACCUACUCUCAGGGGGCAUUGAUAAAUAAAACUUUGUUAAGUAAUACUUCUUUCUUAGGCACCCUACUAUUCGAUGCAUGCAAAGCAAUUUAUGGUAGUGGAAAACCUUGGAACAUAUGUGGUAAUCUUAAGUGGGAAUAAACCUAAGGGUUUAAUGCUAAAUAUCAAUGCCCUAGUAGAAGAUCUACUGACCCCGAUUGUCCAAAUAGGUACUUCAACUUUUGCCCGUAUUGGUUAUGUGUAGGUUGGUCGACCUGGGGAAAAACAGUAGACCAAGAUCUGAUAAUUCAGAGGUUACCUAGUAUUCCUCAUUGUAAAUCAAUAUAGUGUAAUCCUGUAGUCAUGAAUGCCAACACUCAUCAGGUAUUCCAUUCCAUUAAUGAGAGUGUUGAAGAUAAAGUUCCCCACACUGUUAAGAACCUGUUCAUCGAUCUGGCUGAGAGUAUUGCAAGUAGUCUUAAUAACUAACUGCUUUGUAUGUGAAGGUACAAAUAUGGGAGACCAAUGGCCGUGGGAAGUGAGAGAAGUAUGGUACCCUGGUUCUGAGACAAAUGAGCAACAGAUGCCUUCCCACUCCAGUAAUCAAGCAACCAUAUGGGAAAAAUCGGAAUGGCAACUAAAAACAUCCAGAAUAGUUCAUGUAUGCUUAGCUAGGGCAAGCCCAAUGUAUAAUACACCUGUAGGCGAAUUGACUUGUCUAGGGCAGAAAGCAUAUAAUGCUAGUACCCAUAAUACUACCUGGUGGUCAGCUUCAAAUGUCUCAGAGCCCACCAAUCCUUUUGUUAAUUGCACCAAUUUAAGAGAGGUAUGGUUUGAUCUAUCUGCUACAUCUAACUGGAGAGCCCCAGAAAAUGUAUACUGGAUUUGUGGUAAGAAGGCAUAUUCAGAAUUACCACAAGAUUGGGAGGGGGCAUGUGUGCUACGUAUGCUCAAACCAUCCUUCUUCUUGUUACAAUCCAAAACAGGAGAUGUAAAUCAUAGGAAGAAGCGAGAACCAUUAAAUAUAGGUAAUUGGGAAGAUGAUGAAUGGCCACCCCAGCGAAUUAUUAAUUACUAUGGACCUGCUACCUGAGCUGAAGAUGGUACUUAUGGUUACCCGACCCCCAUAUACAUGCUCAACCGCAUCAUAAAAUUACAGGCAGUGGUUGAGACAGCUGAAGCACUUAACCUCCUGGCAAAACAGAAUACCUGUAUGAGGUCAGCCAUUUACCAAAAUAGGAUGGCUCUUGACUAUAUAUUAGCAGUAGAAGGAGGUGUGUGUGGAAAAUUUAAUCUUAGUAAUUGCAGCCUGCAUAUAGAUGAUGAAGGGCAAGCUGUGGUUGACAUUACCAGCCACAUGGUUAGAUUAAUGCAUGAACCUACUCAGAGCAGGAACGUGUAUAAUCUUCUAAGUAGUUGGUUUGGAAGCUGGUAUGAACAGUUUGGAGGGAUUAAAGCACUUGUAGGGGGAGUGGCAUUUAUUAUUUUCUUAUGCCUCUUACUACCCUGCUUGAGUCCAUUAAUAAUUCAGUCUAUAUUUAGUGUUAUUGAGAGCACUAUAGAAAGGAAGAUGGCAGCUCAUGUAAUGGCCAUUUGGAGAUAUGAACUGCUAGCCCAAAGGGAAAUCAUUUGUAAUCAGGUCGAUGAGUGUUGAGAAUUCAUAAAAUUAAGCUAGAAUGCUCACAUGGUCUUCCCUGUUUUGUAAUUACCUGAGUGGUAUUGGCAAAGUAUGGUAAGUGAUGCAUCUGGAGUAUUGUAUAUCAGAAGCAUCAAAGGGGGGAGUGUGAUGGAAUUUCAGCAAGGCCAAACAUCUAGCAGGCCUAAAAUCUCCAUGUGGUAUAUACAAGUUCAAGUAUCUGUUUAAUCUGUUAAUUAGUUACAUGUAGUUAGAGACUGUCAUCAUGUACUGAGCAUGUGCAAGAACUUAAACCACAUUCCAUUCUCCUAAAGAGCCAUGUUGCCUGUCCAUAUAAUGUGAUCCUGUAUAUCCUGUUUGCUGAUUGGUGUAAGGUAACAGAUGGCUAAUCAAAAGACCCUUUGAACAGGAGUUCAGCUGAGACCCGAUUGGUGAGAAUAAAGACCUUUACCUCCUGAACAGACCUGCGUCCGACUCUUUGUGUCUGGCUUCUACCCUGUAACAAGACCACUUCAUUGAGCUGAAGUGGUCUGGGUGACUAUAGUGUCCCUUUAAAAACCUGAACUUGUCACGUCUCUUUUACAGCACUGUAACUUCACAAAAUAGUGUCUAGGUCCUAUAUUGGGCAUAUUGUUUUACUCAGAAGGUGUAACUGAGUAUAAUUUGGGGAUUUUUAUGACAGUGGUACAUAUUAAGUGUAAGAAAUACUCAGCAAAAAUGCAACAUAUAUGUAAAAAUGCCACCACCCCCACCACAAACAUUGACAUAAAUUGGUGAAAAAAUGGUGACAAGUUAAGGCACAAUAUACACCAUAUAAUAUACCCUGGGGUGUCUGCUUUAUCAAAUGAAAGCCCUUUGUGGGGUUAUUUGAACAGUCACACUACUAGAAUACCCUAAAAUGAGACAUUGGCCCGUCAAAUCCAUCUAAGAAAAUUCUAACUAUUGAAACUGAAAUAGCCUUCUCUUAUAUGGCACUGUAGCUUUACAGAAAAGUGCCAAAGGCAUACAAUCAGCAGAUGUAACUAAACACAAUAUGGGGUUCUGUGCAGGAAUACACCAGCUUUACGAAAUACACAUUACAAAAACCUUGUUAAAUGUGUAUAUACCAAAAUAAAGAAAAACCACAAUUUUACUCCAAUAUUUAGCAGAGAUUGGCGAUGAAAUGGCUACGUAAAAAGUGUCAAACUAACCUUAGGUAAAUAGCCUGUGAUGUCUACUUUAUAUAAAUAUAUACUUUUGUGUGGCAAUUUUGUUUUCUGUGAUGGCUACUAAACCUACAAGACAAACAUACCAAAUUCUAAAAUUGUUGCAAAUUGAAAUUUUAUUUUAGUCCUUGUAUUUUGUGACCUGUAGCUUUCAAAAUAAUCUGAAAUCCUACACAUAUGAUGUACUCUAUAAAUCAAGACACAUAAAUGAAUUUAUUUUGAAUAACUUUUUCUAAGCUGGACAUAUUAUGCCAGAAGUGUGGAAAAAAAUAUAGUUUAUUUUUUAUUUUGUGGCAUUUUUAUAUAAUUAAUGAGAAUGUAUCUAUGUAUAUGUGACAUCAAAUUAAAGCCCUGUUUGCCCUAUAAAAAAACUAUGCAUAUUAUGUGUUGGUGCAAUAAAUGACAGAGAUGCAAAUUGUUUUUGAAACAGCAGAAAAAUGCAGAAAUGGCCUUUGUCCUUAAGCGUAAGACAAGCUUCUGAAGGUCUGUCCUUAAGGGGUUAAACUAUACACUCCCAUUUAUAAAAUUUCAAUUAUGUAUAUACCUUGUGAGUGGAAUAUUGAAACAUCUUUUUUUAUAAAACAGCCUCAAAUUCCCCACAGGUAGAGCAAUCGUUAAACUUCCAUCUUUGUGACGCUAUUGACAUACAUUUUGUGGCUGAAGUUGGGUUACAGAGUCAGUUGAACUUCACAUCUCUCCUUGUCACUGAGCUUCAGUGCAGCCACUGUUUCUCUUUGAUACUGCAGUGUGUCCAUGUGUAGAAUAUGCUGUAAUUAGCUAUGAGAAGGGACGUCUAGACACAUUAUAUAGUUUAGAUUCUUUGAACUGUUUGUAUCAUUGUUAGUUUUCUCAUAUUUCUUUGAAAACGCAAAUAUCAAAGUGCCAAUUUUUAGACUUUAGUUAUUGCAGAUACAUGCUAUUAAUUGGCAAUCAACCUGUUGUGACUCAGUUUUGCAGAUUUUGUCAUUGUGAUUUAGUUACUUCAAAUGUAAUCUCCUUAUUCAUAUGUCAUUUCUAUUUUUAUCUCCUCUAAACAUAUUUAAAGGAACACUAUAGAAUCGCAAACAUGUAUUCCUGACGCUAUAGUGUUUUAAAAACCAUCUAGCCCCCCUGGCCCUCCCAUGCCCCUCUAAAAAUAGUAAAAUCAUACCUUUACUCCAGUCUGCUGCUGUGGCUCUGCCCCUGAUCUGCCUGCUUGGCUGGCAUCAUCAGAAGUGGUGAUCUCAGCCAAUCACAAUGAUUUCCCAUAGAAAAGCUUUGGAUUGGCUGAGAUUGCCAAGGAGGCAGAUCAGGGGCAUAGCCAACACAAGCCAAACACAGCCCUGGCAAAUUAGCAUCUCCUCAUAGAAAUGCAUUGGAACAAUGCAUCUCUACAAAGGAAAGUUCAGUGUCUCCAUGCAGCGGGUGGAGACACUGAAUGUCAGUGCUGCACAGUGUGCACCACUGCCCCAGGAAGCACCUCUAGUAAUCAUAUGAGGAGUGGCCAGUGGAGGUAUUGCUAGGCUGUAAUGUAAGCACUGGCUUUGCCCUGAAAAACAUUGUUUACUGCAAAAGGCCAACAGGGAAAGACUAUACUCACUAGAACAAAUACAAUAAGCUGUUGUUAAUCUGGUGACUAUAGUGUCCCUUCAAAUCUCUCUCGCUCUGCAUAUAUUUAUAUGUAGGAAAAAUGGCAAAGCCUUUAUUAGGAGAAAAUAAUGCCAUCUUCGGGUUAUGGAGAUAUCAUAAUAACGGCAAGGUUGAGUGGCUUAUUAUAAGAUGUCCACAAUAUGGCAUUAUUUUGCUAAAACAUAGGCUUCAUUGUUAUAUACAUUUAUUUUUUUUAUUACAUGAUUUCGGAACGGUUAGGCUUUGCGUUUUUAGUGUUGGUUUUGGUAAUAAUUAGUGUAAGAAUUUGUGUUAGGGUUAGUGCUUUUGUUAGAGUCAGUUAGGGUUAUUUUAAUCUUAAGGCAGUAGAUUGUCUGGACCGAGUGUGCCCUUGUUCUCCCCCAGCGCAUGCCUCACACUGCCAUCAUGGUGUUCCAUGUUGUCCCUGACUCCAGUCACGGAGCCUAAGCACUUUACAGUCCAAAGCAGCUGUAUCCUCUCGGGUCCCAAACACAGUACGGCAGUGUUCUCGUUGGGACCUGGGUUGUGAAUGGGUUCCUAAGAGGCAUCCCAGCCUCUCUCUGCCAUAUUGUCUGCCCUGCUGUAUAGGCAUGGGCAUGCCAAACACAUUGUGCUUUAUAGAAGCUCCACGGUUGUGAUUCUGGGGGAGGUUACCGCAGUUCCAGAUCAUAUGGCAAUGGGCAGUGUCCCCUAUCCCCUAUAAAAAGGUACUGUGCAAUUUUACUGUGCCCUGUAGUACUUGAGCUCCUGAGCAGGCUACUUCCCUGUGCAAUCCCUCAGUGUUUUGAGAAGCUGCUUUGCUGUGCGAACUCUGUGUCUCAGUGCAUCUCCAUUCCUGUGAAAAUUCCAAGGGCAAGCUGCAUUCCUGUGUAAACCCACAGUAUUCCAUAGCAAGUCGUAUUCCUGUACAGAAUCUCAGUCUCCAAGAGCAAAUUACAUUCCUGUGCAAACUGUCAGUGUUCAAGAGCAAGCUCUUUUUCCAUGCAUUUCCCAUGACAUAAUACAAUGUAGUUGAUUCCAUUGAUUUUUCCACCACCAUACUGUGCUUUUCACAGCAAAAUGCUGUGUUCAUGUUUCAUAUGGUAGUAUCUGUUAAGGUUUUCAUGCAGUUCUCAAGAAGUGGCUAUUUGGAACAUACUUUCCUGUCCCUUAUUUACCCUGCAUUCACAGGGUAAAUUCACAUGAUGUCAUUGGCACAUAGAUGUGUAGUGUUUCCUUAAUAUAUGAAUGAAAGCAACUUAAGGAUAUGGAUUAAAGGGAUUCUAUAGUGCCAGGAAAACAAACCCGUUUUUCUGGCACUAUAGGUUUAAUAGGUCCCCCCCUUACGCAGGGCUGAAGGGGUUAAAACCCCUUCAGCCACUUACCUGAAUGCAGCGCCGAUGUCCCUUGGUGCUUGGUCAGGCUCCGCCCAGCUCCGCGCAUUAGACCUGCCAAUAGAAAGCAUUAUUCAAUGUUUUCAUAUGGGGAAAAUCUGGAGCUGGAGGUCCGUGAGGACGUCCAGCGUCAGAUAACCAACCAAAUGUCGAUUUGCAUUCCAGAAGCGGCCCCAGUGGCUGUCUCAGGGCAGACAACUAAUUCAAAGAGCUGAAGUGGUCUGGGUGCCUACAGUGUCCCUUUAAGGUGAUACAGUGACUUCAAUAAAUUGAGCUGUUUGAGCAUGUGUGUACAGGUAUACAAUAAAUUCAGUGGAAGCCAGUUGACAUGUGUGAGUGGCUCACUUUCCUUUCUCUGCUCAUUAAACAUCUGAAUAAAGUAGAGCAGUUACGUCUAUUGCAGUUUUUAUGUGGUAGUUCAUUUAUUUCCAUGCUUUCUUGUUUUCCUCUCCCAGACAAGAAUACUCAUAAGAGAAAGAAGAGAACAGGUGAAAAAGAGAAGCUGCAGACUGCCUAUCUGCAAAUAGUUGAGUUAUGUCCUGAAGAUGUCCGUGUUACCACAGUGCAGACUCUGUUUGAUACACUGCUGAGGAGGUUGGUUGAUCUCAUGUAAUGGAAUUAUACCAAAUCUGCUCCUUCCUUUGCUUGAUUUGGGAGACCAUAUAGGUUAUUCGCUAACAUGAGAAUUCAAAGUAAAUUCAAAGAGAAUCUCAAAUUGAAUGCCAGAGUAGCGAAACUGAAAGCAGUUGGCUUAGAUGAUUUUUCCAGUUUGUCUUUUUUGACUUUAAAUUUGAAAUCCACUUUGAAUUCUCACUUUAGUGAAUAAUCUUGCAUCUUUUGUAAUUUCAGAGUCAGAGAAACCCCAGAUCUUCACGUAUUGGAUGAGUCGGUGCGUGGAGUUGCAGAGAACGUAGAACAAGAAAUAUUUAAACUUUUCCUGUGUACUGACAGCAGAUAUAAGAAUAAAUACCGGAGCCUCCUUUUCAAUUUGAAGGACCCUAAAAAUCAGGUGGGAAUAGUGAUAGCAGUAUCCUGUUGGAAUCUGUACUGUUAAUCACUAAAACAGUUAAUCAAUAAAAUCUGAAUUGUAUAGAAUUAAAAUCUGACUUGAAAAAUAACUGAUAUUCUCCAAUUUAGCAACACCCACAGCUUGGGUGUUUUUGCUUAAAUUUGCAAUUCAAAUUUUCAUUUGGUCCAAGUUGGGCUUCAGUGAGUAAACCCCUAAUGUGUAAGUUAUAUGGAAUUUAAAUCAGAUGUGAAAUUGAAAUCCUAAAUAGUCAGUUGGAAAAAAUUUCACAGUCAACUUUGUUUUCAUUUUGGCCAUUGACCUAAAAUUAUAAAUUCCUGACAAUUCACAUAAAAGUGAAUAACCUUAAAGCAAAUGAAUAUCCAAGUGGCAAAAUUUAGGCUAAAAGAGAUAAGCCGUGAUAUUAGCUGAGUUGGAGAAAUUUGACCUAAAUGUUGCCAAAUGGAUUUCCAUUUGCUACCAAUCCAGCUGUACUAAAUAACUGUAAGAAUUUAUGUGAAUAACACAUUUCGUAUCUCUGUCCCUGUCUAUCUAUAUCUGUGUGUGUGUGUGUUUGUUUAUGUACACUUCUAAAUUACAUAACAUAUACAAUUAUGUUAUCUUUUCCAAAAACAAAACAAUUAAAUCAAGCUGCAUAACCACUAUAGCAAAAGCUAAUCGUCAUAUGUUUCCCAUUAUGUAUGUCUAUAUGUUUUCAUGCUUGUAUUUACACAUAAGCAAAUGUUUGGAAGUUCUGAUAAGACAGUUUAUAACACCAGCUGUGCAGUUGGGCUACGCACAGUAUACAUAUUGUUAGAGUGAAAUGUAGCCAUCUUGGGUUUACAAGAUGGCUGCUGACAGGCAUUACUAUAUUAUUGAUAAAACAAAUAAACCAUUUUUCAGUUAGCAGCAAUUACAGUGCUUAGAUAGCUUUCAUUCAAAUUAAGGAAAAAUCGUAUGCAUACUUACUGUAAUUUUCUUUUCCUGUCUAUUAUUUAUGGCAGCAUUUAAUUAAUGGGCUAGCUCCUCCCUUCAGAUGAUUGAAACUAAAUUAAUUAAAAUGAACAUUUGGUACAAAUAGAACACCUACAGAUCCAUAUCUGGUAACACGUCAAGUAGAAUCCAGGGAGGGAAAGCAAUGCUAGAAUGGAUAAUAGCCAGGAAAAACAAAAUUGUGUAAAUAAAAAAGUGUGAAUACAUUUUCUUAAUUCCUGACUAAUCAUGGCAGCAUUUAACUAAUGAGUGAUACCCAAGCAGUAAAUGACAACAGAGAGGAAAAUAAAUAUCAGAAAACUUUAUUAGGUACGAGAAGAAACAGAAUUUCAAACAAAAAGACCAAACUGAGAAACAGAAACUCAGAAGACACCCACUCUGUAGUGGCAAACAAAGAUUUUCAUAGAGAACCAGUUACCAGUUUUGCAAAUGCUCUCAGUCAGAACACCAGCCUCUUCAGCCUGCAAAGUGGUGAUUGAUCUACUUGAGGCCCAUUGCACCAGGGCUCUUGUGGAUGUAAAGGUGCCUAUCAGACUUAUGAAGUCUCUUUCAGAUACUGGUGUCUGUAAUAAAAAACUUGUAAACGAAUGUCUUUCUUUUCUUACGAAAGGGUUGUCAUGUUAAUAUUGGUACCCAGAAGAACAAGUUCCUUGGAAGGCUGCAGCUGAUUUUUUUUUCAUGGUUAACCAUCCACCCAAAGUGAGAUUAGUCUGCACGAUCUGGAGCCACCACAGGGAUGUCGUCUAGGUAGUGAAAUAUGUAGACACCAUUUUUCCUGAGCCAUAUGAUAGUAACCAAAACCUUAAAAAAGGCUCUUGGUGAUUUGAAAAAAAAGUGAUCUGAACUGAAAAUGAUGGUUGUAGAGACCCUCAACCCUAAAACCUCUGUUGAGAAAAAGCAAUCGAGACAUAGAAAUAGGUGUCUUUAAAGGAACAGCAUAGCGUUAGAAAUACAGACAUGUAUUCCUAACAUUAUAUUUACUUGCUCACUGCUUAGGGUAUUGUCCCCCCGGGGUGUGAAAGAAAAAGGUAGAUUACUUGCAUUUUCUCCCUAGCCACUGUGCUCUCUGUGCAUCCGGCCCCAACGCUUUGGCUGCGAUCAUCAAGACUGCAGAGCAUUGGGAGGAUAGUGCACAUGUGUGACAAAAUUCCUUGUUGCACCAAUCAAAUGGUCUCUAUGAUACCCUCUGAUUAAAUAGCUGAAUUUAACUCGGUUAUUGGGGUUGAAGCUCUAAUAUAACCAGUGCUGUUUAUGCAAAAUGACAGUAUGUUCAGUUGCAGGGUUAAAAUGGCAUGGACAUGGUACCCAAACCACUUUAUUUAUAUGAAGUGGUCUAGGAGCCCAUAGUGUCCCUUUAAAGUCUAAUGAUACCAACCAAUCACCUGAAUGGACAACUGAAAUGAUGUAUUGAAUCGACUCAAUGCAAAAUCGUCUGAUGUGAAGGGACAGGUUGAACUGAUGGAGAUCCAGGUGAGGUCUCCGUUUUCUGUUUGGUCUCCUAAAAAAUAAAAAAAAGAAUAAAACCCCUGAAACCGUUCUUCUUUUGGAACCUCUGUGAUCACGUUGUUCUAAAGGAUGGAAUAUUGAAAUAAAGAUGAGGAGAAGGAGACUCUUCAAAUUAAAGAGUGUAAUCUUUUGAAACUAUAGACCUUAGUCAUACGUCUGGAACUUCUUCCGGAAAACGCUGUAGUCUGGUAGCUACUGAAGCAGCCUGGGCCUAGCCACCUUCAGAACUGCUUGGUGAUGGAAAGGAGGAAAAAAAAAGGAGACUUGUUCUUUGAGGACUUUGAAGACAGGACACUUCUCCAAUUGAAGCAUCUUGUAUAUUUACAACCUGAUCUGUAGGAUUUGCUAUCUCUGUAGGAAGUUUGAUAUCUGUAUGAGCAUCUAUACUGUUGAGGUCUCCUUCAUCUUUCGUCCUGGGAGAGAAGAACCUGGGGGACAUCAGCAGCUUUUUUGAUAGCUUCCUCUAAAGAUUUCCAGAAGAAAACCUCACCCAAAAAGGAAGAGAACAGUGUUUGUCUUGGAUGAGAUAUUUGCACCCCAGGAUCUCAACCCGACCACUCUGACAGAACUAUGACCAUGGAGACUUCUUUAAUCAGAUCAGUUGAGGCUUUCAGCAGCCAUAAACUGGCUAGCUUGACAUCCCUGAGAGAUUCCGCAAUAUCAUCAUGUCCAGAUCAACUGUCCAGUUGCUGUAGUGGCCUUUUUUAAACCAAAUGCUCAAUUAAUUGUUAAUUUUCUGUCUUAUCAGCUGGAGGUAGGAUUUAACCCAUUAGUUAAAUGCUGCUAUAGUAGCCAGGAUGAUAAAAAAAUGUGAUAUAAUUAUUGUAAAAUACUCGUCAAAUGAUUUGCUAUCAUACUAAGCUUCUCUGUUUUGGGUGACCAGAUCCUGUUCCGCCGUGUGGUCCUUGGUGAAAUCACCCCACAGUGUUUGGUUCUAAUGAGUGCAACGGAAAUGGCUGCACAGGAGCUGGCCAACUGGAGAAUUCAAGAGAGAAAACAUGUGAGUGUGAAAUGUAAUAAUAUUUAGGUUUACAACUCAUGUUCAACAUGAUAGUGUUAUGUACUAUAUGGAGCUGUAGAAUUUGUCAAUAAAGGCCAAGUUGUGUAUGUAAAUAUUGUUGAAUGUCAUGUGCAUACUUACCAAACAACUCGUGAUAUUUCGUUAUGUGGAAUCCCCAUUGACUCAGUUUUAAAACCAGAAGGCAUUACUUUGAUCUAAGUAGGAUGGGAUCAGAUAAACUUUAAGAUUGAAGAUCAUUGCUCAGUUGUGCUACAAGUAGGUCUAAUAUAUAUUUAUGAUAAUUUUUAGUCAUAUUUAUUGGAUAAUGGCCCAAUAAGUUAUGAGUAACUAGAUCCACUUGUUUGCUCUAUAAGUGGAAGAUUCAAAUGCUUAGUUUCCUUCUUGUAAUUUCAGGCACUGGAGCUAAUCGAGAAAGAGGAAAGACAGCCAUACCAGAUUCAGAUGACAAAGCUGACACACAAGGGGUUAAUUGAAAUUGAUACUAUGCCCGAUCAGAACUUGACCCUAGAGGAUCUGUCUGUGAGUUUAACUGCAUUGCUGUCUGUUACUGCAUAGAUUCAUUCAAGUUGCACUUAUGUGAUUGCUUGUUUUUGUCCUAAAUUAUUAAUGAAACAGUCAUUUUGUUAAAUUCAUAACUGUAACUUUCUCUUAGAAUGUAGUAAUGGUGAUUUUUUAAUAUUUACAUUACAAUAUCUCUGACUGAAUUUCAUUAGAUACCAAUUUGUAUUUGUUUGGUCAAGUCAUGGUUAUUAUUUUAUGUUUUAUUGUUGUUGUUUUUUUUUUCUACAACUGCAAAACCAUAUUCCUUGGUUUUGAAUCAUUUUACUAGAAAAUGACUGAUAUAUUCCAUCAGAGCAUUCAGAAUAUCCCAACCACAGGCAGACUACAUUUUGAAAGAUGGCUCCCAAAGAUGAACUGCUAAGGGAAUGCCUGAGACUUCAACAGAAAGAGGAGGUUCCUUGGCAAGACAAACCUCUCCAUGGGGUGUACCACUGGCAGAUAGUGGAUGUGGCCAGGGCCGGCACUACCAUAAAGCGGCCACCUUAGGGCGCACCGGCCCUGGGGGCGCAAUGUCAGGCUGUCCGGCAGGAGGGAAGCGCUGUGCGCUCUCAUCCAGCCGGUUACUUUAUGAGGUGUGGCCGAGCGCAAGCCUCCUUCACUGGCGUCUGCCGCAAGCUGUGUGGAGGGGGUCGGGAUAUGAAUGACAUCAUAUCCCUGCUUCCUGUGUACCACACAGCUGGCUGGCGCCCUGUGAUGAGGCUGGGCAGCAAAACAGGAGUCCACAGAGCCGGACAGCAUGCACCUCAAGGACCUGUAUGUACAGUAGGUAUGUAAUUGUGACUGUCUGUGUGUGCAUAUAUAUAUAUAUGUAUGUAUGUCUCUGUGUGCAUGUAUGUAUGUAUGUCUGUGUGCAUGUAUGUAUGUCUCUGUGUGCAUCUAUGUCUGUAUUUAUGUCUCAAUAUGUAUGUACGUAUGUCUCAAUAUGUAUGUAUGUCUCUGUAAGAAUAUAUGCAUGUAUGUCUCUGUGUGCAUGUAUGUCUCUGUCUCUGUGAGCCUGUAUGUAUGUAUGCCUCUGUAUGUACGUAUGUGCCUGUAUGUACGUAUGUAUGUAUGUGUGUAUAUGUAUGCCUGUAUGUAUGUGUCUGCAUGCCUUUAUGUUUUUGUAUGUAUGUGUCUGUAUGACUGUAUGCCUGCAUGUCUCUGUAUUCGUGUAGGUCUCUGCCUGUAUAUCUCCGUGUUACUGUGUCUGUAUGUCUCCGUGUGACUGUGUCUGUAUGUCUCUGUGUGACUGUCUGUAUGUCUCUGUGUGACUGUAUGUCUCUGCCUGUGUCUCUCUGUGUCUGUAUGUCUCUGUAUGAUCAUGUCUGUGUUUGUAUGACAGUGUACCUGUAUGACUUUAUUUGAUUGUGUGCCUGAAAAACAGUGCCUGCGUGCCUCUAUGAUUGUGUAAGUAUGUUUGUAUUUUUGCCUGCAUAUCUAUGUUUACAUGGCUUGGAAGAAAAAACACACAAAGGGAAGGGAGGGACACACAAAAUGGACUAAGGGGAGAAAGAGCCACAUAGAGGGACUGUGGUGGAUAAAAAACAAAACAAAGAAAGGGGCUGGGUGUAAGUAAGAGACAUACAAAGGAGGUUGUAAGACACACUAAAGAGGGAAUAAAAUACACUAAAGCACAAAAGGGGUCAUACAUUCAAAAGAGACGAUAUGAAACAUUAAAGAGGGUAAGAAUGUCAAAAGGGGGGGUUACAAGACACACAGGUGAAGAUGCACUUUUUUUUUGAGGGUGGGGGGGAGAAGGGGGCAGCAAAAUGCAUCUUCGUUUAUGUAGCUAAAAAAUCAUUGCACCGGCCCUGUAUGUGGCUUACAUGACAAAAUCCUACCAGUGGUUGAGAAAUGCAGGAUUGAAAGACAGCACUGAGACACUAAUCCUAGCAGCACAGGAACAGGCACUCAGCACCAGAUCAAUAGAAGCUGGAGUCUACCACACCAGGCAAGAUCCAAGGUGCCUCUAAAACAGUCCAGCACCUAGUAGCCGGAUGCAAGAUGCUAGCAGGAACACCAUACACAGAGAGACACAACCAAAUUGCUGGGAUUGUGUACCGAUACAUCUGCACAGAAUAUGGAUUGGACGUGCCUAAGUCCAGAUAAGAGAUACCACAAAGGGUAGUUGAGAAUGGCAAGGCUAAGAUCCUGUGGAACUUCAGGAUCCAGACAGACAAGCAAGUGCUGGCCAACCAACCCGACAUUGUGGUGGUAGACAGGGAACGGAAGACUGCAGUCGUGGUGGAUAUGGCAAUAACCAGUGACUAUAACAUCAGAAAGAAGGACUGAAAGAAGAACUAGAAAGGAUGUGGAAAGUGAAGACAGAAGUAGUCCCAGUUGUGAUAGGAGCACUCGGGAUGUGACUCCCAAGUUGGGGGAGUGUCUUCAACAGAUUCCAGGUGGGAUAUCUGAGAUCGCUGUCCAGAAGAGGGCAGUUCUAGGAACAGCUAAGAUACUGCCAGAACCCUCAAACUCCCAGGCCUCUGGUAGAGGACCUGAGAUUGAGGAAUAAACAUACCAUCCUGAAGGGGUGAGAAAAUCUGUUUUUUUUAAAUAUAUUUAUUACGAUUAUCUGAACAUUCUGGACAUGUCUUUCUCUCUAUUAAAUUUUUGAAGAUAUUAUUUUGCCACCUGGCCAUUAAAGAAAAGCGAGUAAUUAAAUGGGUUUAAGUUCCACAUGAUUUGCAAACUUGCCCAUUUCUAUAGUAGGCUGCCUUUAAAAACAAAUGGCAUAAUCUUGUAUAACGUGUCCGUUUAAAUUUUAUCUCAGUCACAUGACUUACAGUUUUACACACUAUGCUUGCAGUGUUGUGUUACCACAAUAAGUAGCAUUUACAUUGGGCAAUGACGUUUAGAGCAUAGGUUUCAUUCUGUUUUAGGAUUCUGUGUGGCAGCCUCAGGAUUCUCAGCAGGAUUGCAUCUCAGAGAAAAUGGACACAACAUCCCAACACAAGAGCCACCUUCUAGAUCAGAACUGCCUUAUAUGCAAAGGUGAGACUAUUUCAGACUAGGUGAUACCUUUCUUAAGUUUUGUGAUUAUGAUUUUGCUCCAGUACAAAAUAUCCUUGUUGAGGCACUCUAUUGCAGCAUUUAUGACAUUUUAUAUCGACUCAUAGAAGAGAUCAUAAUCUUUCAAGCAAUACAAGAAUGAGCAUGCAGAGUGCAGAAAAUCUGGUCAGUUGAGCUAAUUGCCUACUAUAACAGCUUGGGCCCAUUCAAUGCCCUUCCGUGGGUCAUUUGGGAUCACUUUUGACAAUCUGCGUUUUUUUGUUUCUUAGGACUAACUACCCUAGACACCACUCAUGAUAAUUAAUUCCUCCUAUUUCCUUCAAGACGGUUGACGUCUACAACAGUUGGCAUGCUGUCAACAUUGGUGUGCUGACUCUAACUUCCCAAAUUUAAAACAAUGCUACAUAGCCCAUUGUUCUAAAGAAUAGGACCACACCUACCUUUCUUUAUUAGUUUUUGUUUUCCCUCCUCAUCUCUCUGUUUUCCUUAGAUAUAUAUCUAUCCUUUUCUUUGGUUCUUUAGACCAAAAAUUGCAGAACUGAAAUAGUUUAUACACAAGAGGAAUAUACAAUUGUCUUAUUAUUUGUAUAUCACAAUCUUCAGCAGUUAGAUUUUUUUUUAAAGAGAUAACUACAAAAGUAUAAAAAGAAAAAAGUACCAUUUAUAGUAAGACAAAUGUCAGUAGAGAGAGCUAGAGAGAAAUAAUCCUGAAUCACCAAAUAAGGAUUCCACUAUUCCAACAAGGAAGGAAUUAGCUGCUGGCUAAAUGUAGGUAGAGGACCUAGUCUACUAAAGACAUGAGCAGUAAGUAGUCCACUAUGAAUAAUAAGUGAAUACAUCUUCACCCUGGGUUCUGUAAGCAUACAAGGCUCAAAGUGUUUCAUCUGUAUCGCAGACUUUCUCAUGAACUGUAAUUCCACUUCCAUCUAUCCUAUUCUUUAUACCGUCUUCUACUAAUAGAAGAUGGUGUAAAGAAGAGGAUAGAUGGACACCAAUAGAAGGUGGUGUAAAGAAGAGGAUAGAGGGACACUAAUAGAAGAUGGAAUAAAGAAAAGGAUUCUAUUAGUGUCCCUCUAGCCUCUUCUUUAUACUGUCAUCUAUUAGUAGAAGACAUUAUAUAGAAGCUAGAUAGAAGGGGAAUUACAGCGCUAGAGAAAGUCUGUAAGUACAGAUGAAACGCGUCAAGCUUUGUGUGCACACAUGUGACUCUUCAAGUUCUUUGAAAGAACUUUGCUCCAUCCAUACCUAAAGUCAGGACCAAAUCUCACUGAAGAAGAAACCAGAGAUUCACAGGACUCUAAAGAUGGGGACUAUCUGGAGAGAAGGUAAAUAUAGCCCACUUGAAUUGCAGUUGCACUUUUUAGGUAUUGAUAGCACUGCUUAUGUAUUGCUCAGUAUUUUGCAAGUGACACUUUUUCACACUUGUUUACAUUACCACUUUGAAUUUAGAGAGGCAAUUCAGUAUACUUGAUAGCACUUUACAAUUAUAUUUUUUCACUGCCAUAUGGCCCAACAUUUCUUCAUAAAAUAAGUGAAACGUGUGGACUUCAAACAAUAUUACAUUAACUUGAUUAAAAUAAAAUGUACAUUAAGUUCAUUCUUCCACUACAAACGAACAUUUUUUUUACUGGAUAUUCCCCGCCACCACUUAUCUGGUUUAAAGAAAAAUCAAGUUCUACACUUUCUCACUGAUACCAAAAAUAAUGUAGCCAAACAGUAGAAAAACAACCCUCCCCCCAACGACCUUACUUAUUUCAGCCUUAUAGUGUACGCAGCAAAUUAAGAAAAUUGUGCUAAACUUCUGGAGGAUCUGGGAACCAUGGGAUGAAUUCUUCCAUAAAUCUACAUGAUAGUAGCCUAUGGGCUACUAUUUUCUCGUCUUCCUACUUUUCUCUUCCACACCUCUCUCACUCUCGCUUUCUUCACCCUUCUGUUCUCCUUAUUUAAAUUUUUCUUGUUUCCUUGUUUUUCCCCUUCUUUUUGUAACUACAAAUUAAAUGCUAAUCCUGUGAAUGGCAUAUUGACCAAAAUGUUUUAUUACUUAUUACUCUAUGCACUGCCAUGAUGUGUUAUAUAUCCUGCACUUUUAUACUCUCCUCUUGUAUGCCUUAUGUUCCCUGUUUGGCAAUAAAAAUAUGCAUUAAAUAAAAAUUAAAAUGCACAGUUAUUUGUUAACAGUAAUUCUUCUGCGACCUUGUUCAGUGUGUAAAUAGAUUUAGUAGACCCCUGCAUAUACAUUUCAGCCAAGUUAGAAAAGUAAACAAAAACUCUAUUUGAUUUCCCUUUGUUUAGUUGCUGCUUAAGACUUAAGAGACUAACCGAUGGGCAAGCUAGCUGAGUUUUUGUCCUAUGUGUUUACUACAUCUGCAGAUGUAAGCGGUUGUAUAGAUAAAUAAUACAUGCUGGCAUUCUGCACAACCAUUAAUUGAUCAGUGCUGAUUAAGUGAAUCACUAACAAGGUUAUUUGCUAAGUGAGAAUUCAAAGGGAAUUUAAGAACUUAAGGUCAAAAUAGCUGAAUUGGAAAAAAGUCAGCCAGGCUUCUAGUUUGGCUACUUUAGCCUUAAAUUUGAAAUUCACCUUGAAUUCACUCUGAAUUCAUACUUUUGUGAAUAACCAUGCAAAGCAUAAUUAAAACUACCAGUGUUAUUCACUAAAGUGAGGAUUUAAAGUGACUUUAAGAUUUUGAGCUAAAAUAGAAGCACAACUGACUUAUUUUUCCAUUUCAGCUGUUUUGGACUUAAAGGGUUACUUCAACCACCAUGAUCAUUUCUGCUUUUAUAAAUGCUGCACAUCCAGAGAUAUUUGCAUUGUUUAAGCCAGGGCUAAUUUUACCCCCUAAACAGGUAACUAUGGCAGCCCAGAAUGUCCAGACUGCCUAAUGUCAAAUCUUUGCAAAAAUUACAUCUGUCGUCAGCGCACACAUCAUGCUGGUGACAGACAUAAUGAGAUUUUCUCAUGCUGGCAGUGUUUAUCUCCCCUUCCUCCCUCUUUCCCUUUUUUAUUUAAGCCUGCUGUCUCAUCCUCCCUAUACCCAUAAGGCUCCUUUCUUUUUUUUCUCAAAUAUCUCGCACCUUCCUCUGUUUACCCCACUCCAUCUUUCUGCUGUAUUUAUUGUAAUCUGUUAAUUUUAGUUUUGUCUUUAAUGACAGUUACACAACAUAGGGCGAGAGAAACGGUUAUAGAGCUCUUAUUUCACCAACUUUUCAAUUGUUUUCUUACUAUAUUUUAGGGCUGAUAAACCCCCCAGGUGAUGCUGACUUAAGCCAAUGGGUAAUUACCAAGAAACCAGAGAAAAUAUGGAAACACCAUAUAACUGAUGGCAAUCAACAUUCUUCAUGCAUUGAAAAGAAGAACAAGAAAUUGUUGAGUAUUAACUUGAUCUUACCAUUCCCAGUUUAAAGGGACUCGUGAUACAAAAAAUUGUUUCUCUUAAGUCAGCGAUUUUCUAUUUUAAAUCAAUUGCACCUUGUACUGGCCAAGCAUCUAACAAAUAUACAAAUUUAUUAUAUUUUAAUUUACCUUGAAACAGUAACAAAUUGUUAAAGGGUUACUCCAAGCACCAUACCCGCUUCAGUGAUUUGAACUGGUCAUGGUGCCUGGAGUGUCUAUGUGCAGUGAACACUAUGAAACGCUACACAAACAGAGUUUAACCCCUCUGCUGCCAGAAGUGUAACUCUACUUCCAGCUCAUCAUUGGAACAUCAUUAGCCAGCCUGUAGCAAGAGUUCCUGGUGGCUUAUGUUAGUUUUGUGCAUACUGAAUGUCUGACAUCAUCAUGCUGGUGACAGACAUCCAAAAACAGCAUACAACCACCCUCAGCCUUUCCUCCCCCUACAUCUUUUCCCUUGCUAGCUAUGGUGAGUGAUGUCAUUGGAGGAGGAUUGCAUGCAGGAAGAACUUGGCCUUGAUGCUUUAUCAAGUCGGAUUUUUAAGUUUUGUUAUUUCUACCUAUUUUUUAUUUUUAUUUUUUUAAAUGGGGGGUAAGGCUUACUGUGUUUUGUGACUGUAGACCCUGUAUAACAGCUCUUAGGCACUUUAUAAAAGAGAUACUUCUCUUUAAAUCAUCAUUUUAAUAAAGUGUGAAAGAGGGGCCAUUCUGUUAAACCACAAAGAAUUUCAGCAGACAUUAAGUGCUUUCGGGGUUUGGAGUUUUGCUUUAAAGGGACACUAUAGUCACCAAAACAACUUCAGCUUAAUUAAGCAGUUUUGGUGUGCAGAUAAUGUCCCUGAGGUCUCACUGUUCAAUUCUUUGCCUAUUAGGAGUAAAGGCACUUUGUUUAUACAGACCCAGUCACACCUCCUUGCAUGUGAUUUGCACAACCUUUCUAAACACUUCCUUUAAAGAGUCAUCUAAUGUUUAUACUUACUUUAUUGCACAUCCUGUUUAAUUUAGAAUUUAUUAUCUCCUGUUCUGUUAAUAGCUUGCUAGACUUUGGUAGACUCUCCAGUGUGCGAUUAAAGUUUAAUAUACAGAGCAGGAGAUAAAAACUAUUUAAGUAAGUAAUAUCUGAUUGAAAGUGAAACCAUUUUUUUAAUGCAGGCUGUGUCAGUCACAGCCAGGGUAGGUGUGGCUAGGGCUGCAUACACAGAAACAAAAGUAAUUUAACUCUGCAGGAGCGUGAUCUAUACACUUAAACAGCUUCAUUAGUUGUUUUGGUGACACUAGUGUCCCUUUAAUCUACAGAAGUGUUGGUAGCUGAUGAAGAUCAGUGUACAAUCAUCAGUUUCAAAAUAUAAGUCCCUUUCCUUUUCAGGUAUGAUCCAGAUACUAGACUCACAGAUCCAGCAGACUCAAGUGUGUGGAAGGGAUUCCUUCACAUGUUCUCUAUAAAGCAGUUUAAAGUUACAGCCAUGCCAGUGUCUGGUUAUAGCAGUCAUCUUUGCCAGGUUAGUUCUAUGUGAUCUGUUUUAAAACGUAACACAAUGGUGUCCCUCUACACACAUUGGUGUGUUUUGAAUGUUUUUUUUUUUAUACAUAGCCUACAACAUGGUAUUCAACAAAAAAAAAAAAAAAACUUUAGUUAUUAGUUACAUGUCUUGAUAGUUAGGUAAGCAACCCUGUGAUGAACAGGACAUUCAUCUUGAUACAAAUUGUAUAGGUGGUGCUCAAGGAAACAAAUAUACGGUGCUGCUAAAUUACCCGAGUAUAUCUUCACCACAUACACUCAAAAACCAAGAUAUAGUGUAAAGAUAAAAGGUAAAAGCGCACACAAAAUAUACACUAAUUACCUGGAAUUUAUGUCCAAUUAUGGUAACUGAUAGUAGUUUUUCUUAUAUACAUGCAAGGGAUACAGAUUACCUAUACAAAAAUACAAACAAACAGCAAAACAUAGUCUAAUCUGUAUAUAAAACAAAGUAAAGUGGAUGUCUUUAAGCUGAAACCACUCACAAUUUUCUGAGCCAAUUAAAUGUAGGCUCUAGACUUAUACAGCGCGUAUGCCUUUCCCAAGGACAUAGAUGGUCUUCUCCUUUAAAUGGAUUCUCCAGUUGAUAGCUAUCCAGUAUAAUGGAAGUUCAAAUCAGGAGCCAGGAGUUGGAGAUGUAUAUAAAAUAAAUGUAUUGCUUUUUAAAACAAAAUAAAGUGCACAUGCAUUUUAACCAUAGACAUAUGGUCUUCCUCAGGUGCUGAUAAACAUUCAAAUGCACAUAAAGCCAUUUAUAUAGGCUAUGGCAUCUAUACUCCUGGCUCCUGAUUUGAAUCCAACUCCUGGCUCCUAAUUUGAACUUCCAUUAAACUUUUGUGUGCGCUUCUUUCUACCUUUUAUCUUUACACGACAUUCAUCUUGCUAUAAUUUAUAUAUAAUGUUGUUUGUCUUUAAAAUACCUUGUAUUGUUUGAACUAUAUCCAAGUUUUGUUUUAUAUAUUUUUUUAACCAUUUCCUAUGUGCAUUUUAUAGGAUUUACCAAAAGUCUUAACAUCCGAAGGGUGCAUUUUGCCAGAGUCUGUUUGGGAAUAUGUGGAUCGUAUCUGGCCAGAGUGCACCAAGGUGAGGAAUAACAGUGAAAAUGAAGUAGCCUUUUGGUAAUGUCUAUAGUUUAGUAAACAAAAGCAUUUAAAUGGCUUCCUUGACAGGGGAAUGGAGCCUUGAACCAGUUACUGACACAUGGUAAAAAAUAAUGCGCCAAAUUAUAUUGAUUUUAAUAAAUAAUGAUUCAUAAUGAUACUAACUUAUUUACUAGACUCAUCAAUAUUUUUGAAUAAUUUUUUUAUACUUCUGUAAACAGUGACAUUACUGAGCAGAUUUAUACUAAAGUUUAUAUCAAAGGUAGAGAAAAGAACGAAAGGGAAAUAUAGGACAGGACAAAGUAUGAAAUUGAUAAAGAUGGUUGGAAAGUAAAGAGUUGUGGAAAACAAUAUUUUGGGGGGAAAAAAAAACAAUUGAAAGUACACUAAACACUGUAAUUCAAUGGUUCCAGGUUUUGUCAGUGUCUCCACUGGAAUAAAAAAAGGGAAAUACUUAAAUCAUGGACUGUUUGUGAAAAACUGCUGUAACUGCUUAAUUUCUUUAAAGUGAUUAUUGUGUCUGGAAUCCUGUGGCACCAUCAUUUCUAAUGUUUGAAUUAAAACAUGUAUAAAAACUGUGCCACCUGAGUUAAUGAGAGAGCAUUAGCCUAAGCAGCAAUGGGUGGCUGUGAUUGGUUGAGAGUGUCAGCUGACCGCAUUCAUCAUGCCAUAGCGCUUACUGCUGAUACAAAUUGGUAUUGAUAGAAAGCAGUGUUUAAUCUCUGCCUUAGCUUGGCCGUGGUUGGCCAGGAUAUCUUAUUUAGUAUUAAACUGCUCAAAAAUGGUUUAACACUGAAUAGAGGGACAGAGCCAGGGGAUUCCAAGCAUUAUAACCAAUUAAAUGAGAUAAAAUGGUUAUAGUGACUACAGUGCCUGCAUAUGUGUAUAAAUAUAUAUGAAAUAGGGUAAAUGAGCAUAAUAAUGCAUACCUGUGAUUAAAUAGAGCUAUGACUGUAUAUGCUCUCCAUCGAAAAGCCAUCAUGGGAAUCGUGGUGGGUGACGCUCUGUAUUGUGGAAUCACCACCUGCUGGUACUGGUUGACAAGUCCACAUGAAGGUGCCUAAGAAGGCUGUAUUUAUCAAACUGAGUACGUUUGACAAUUCAAGUGCUGAUUGUGACAGUCAUCCUUUUGCUACACAACUAAAUACCUUUGUUCUUCAUCUACUUGGCUCAUUUUGUAACAGAAAUGUAUGUGAUUUUUCAUGGAUUAUCCGUUGCUUUUUAGUCAUUGACCAGUGGAGGCUAGCAACAUUUUUGUAUUUGCUUAUGGCAACUCUGUUUUGACUGUACCGAUAUAUACUACAUAGGUAUUUAUUGUUCUCUCCUUUCAUUUAGUCAGAUAGCUUCAAGACAUUACAUCAUUCUCUGGCACCAUGGCUUAUCAGUUCAUGGUUUUCAAUCUCCACGUGUCAGAUCAUGGAUAACCUAUUUGUUAUUACUAUUUUUUUACUAUAUUGUUUUUAUGGUGACUUUUUUUAAAUAACAUUUUUUAUUUAUUUAUCCUGUACAAUCCGGAUAAAAAUUUUAUCCUUCAUUUCUCUAUUAACCAUCUACAUUUCAGUCAUCUCUACUGACCUAAAACAUAAAUAUUUUCAAGAAUCUAUCCAUAUUUUAUAAGUGACUGAGAUGGUACGUUAGAAGAUGUACAUUCUUACAUAUAGCACUGCCAUUAAGCCACAUAUCUUCUCUGUAUUAUUGAUAAUUUAACCUGUUAAAUAUACAGCUGCCCUCUAAGAGUUUAUAAAUAGUUAAUUCAGUCACAAGUGCGGCUCAUCCUUGAACUCAUUAAACAUUUGUUGUUCCUUGUCAGUCCUUUUGCAAAGAAUUGUGAAUUGAUAACAGAUAAUUGAAUUGCUUUUAAGGAUCAUUUGAAUGUAUCAUGGAACAACAUUUUUAAUAAAAUGUUUCAAAGUUCUUUCAAACUGCUCCUUUACACAUCUAAUUCAUAGCAUCCAUACAAAGCCUUCAUGUUGGUAUCACAAAGUUAUCAGUUUUUUGAAAUGAUCACCUUGUGACAUAUCAGUAGCUUAAAGGGACACUCCAGGCACCCAGACCACUUCUGCCCAUUGGAGUGGUCUGGGUGCCAACUCCCACUACCCUUAACCCUGCAACUGUAAUUAUUGCAGUUUUCAUAAACUGCAAUAAUUACCUUGCAGGGUUAACUCCUCCUCUAGUGACUGUCUACUAGACAGCCACUAGAGGGCACUUCCUGCUUCAUAGCACAGGUGUGAGGACCUCCAGCGUCACCCAAUUCCCCAUAGGAAAGCAUUAGCAUUAGGUCUCCUCAGCCGGCAGGCGGGAUCAGUCUCCCCCGCCGGCUGACGUGAUGAAGGGGAGAAGCGGCGGUGACCCGAAACCACCGCGGGAUAUCGGCGGGGGUCUCAGGUAAGUCACUGAAGGGGUUUUCACCCCUUCAGCAACUGGGGAUGGGUGGUGGGAGGGAGAGGGGACCUGCAGUGCUUAAUAUUAUGUAAACAUACAGCAUCGUAUAUUGGGUUGGUCAUUUUAUCGUCUUGUGAAAGAUUCAGGAUGCGCUUGAAGAUCAUCCAUUUGUUUGGGACUGAAUUACCAUAGGAAAAGCUGUUAGUAUUCUACUAACAGCCUUCUGUGGUCCAUGAGCUAAUUCACUACCUAGUUACCUCAACUACAUUAUACUUAUGCUCAGCUAUCUCUAAACUUUCCCUAUAUGUGAUGCAGCAGAGUGGCAAUUUUAAGAUGGCAGUGUAGUGGUAAUUAUGCUAGUUGGUUGUGGGCACCAUCUCCUAGUUCUGUGUCAAACUGUGCUUUAGUUUUACAAAAAAACCAGGGAUAAUUAAUCCACCUACUCCAUAGCCCCUUCCUCGUCAUAUUGCUAAUGCGAAAGAUACACUCAUGCAAUAUUAAUUAUUACUGUCAUCUAUCAGCAAGAUUAGCCUAUCACUGCUGUCUUUCAGAAUUAAAUAAAAUUUAAUUUGUGGUUUUUUUCUAUAUUACGAAGAUACUGUAUUGGCUGUUUUGGUUUGAAAUUUGUAAUUCCUUGUUUAAUGUUGGACCAUUUGUGGUCCAUGUUUUUGCAAUUUCCAUCAGAUUAUCUCAUAGUGACCAUCUGAUUUGGCGCAGCAUGGCAUUUUGCUGCACGAAGAAAGCAGUGCUGUGUGUGACAAAAACGUAAAUAAGCUGCAUCUUUAACGAUUGCUGGAGGGAGGAUAGGUGCCUUUGGGUUUUCUUGGGUCAUCAAGACUGAUGUACUCAGCCGAGGAGAUGGGGCAACCACGGAGAACAGUGCUGAGUGUGAAAACAUUUAAGAAAACUAUCUGGUGACAAGUACACUAUAAUAUUAGGAAUACACAUUUGUAUUAAUAAUGCUACACUGUUCCUUUAAAUGUGUUGCCAAUGGUAAUAAUUAUAUGGACAACUCAUAGUGUAAUGUACAGGAUCAAACAUGGACACUAACACCAGUUAGAGUACUUGUGAAUUGGUUUAAUGCCAACCAUCCUCUUCUUUAUUGUGAUUUCAUCUUUUCUACUCAUAAAAGUGAUAUAUGAAGAAGUAUAAAUAAUACUAUGCCUAGAAAUGAAACUCUUAUAGAGCAGAGCUUAAUUCCAAUUCUGGAUUUUAUCUAGAAGUACAGUACACAAGAAUUUUCUCACUAAAUGGAAACUGAUUGUAUUCUAACUUUCCUUAAUCACAGACACAGACAUGUAUAAAGAUAAAUGACAUCAGUAGAGCAAACUUGUCAAAUAAUAAUGCAAUUCUAUGUAGCACUUACAGGAUACUUAUAGCAUAGUGCAUAUAUUUAUAUAAUCUGAGGUGUGUUUUUUCUCCUUGCUGUAGACUUGACAUUUGAUUAAGCCACACUCUGCUCUCUACCAAGUUUUGUUUGCACUACAUAUUGUGUGAGGUUCGAAGAAGUCACAUAGGUGCUUUAAAGGCUGUUAUAAUAUUUUAUAUUAUAUAUACACAUAUUAAUAAGUAAAAAGGAAGUGCUAAAAAGCAUCAGUUAUAUAUCAUGUGAUCUUGAUUAAUUUUGAACUAAAAUUUUCUAUGUUUGCUGUCACACUUUUGAUCAUCAUCCUUUUUACUUUGUAUAAAGCAUCUAUGUUAACAAAGUGUUGAAUUACCAUGAGGUUUUUUUCCUUAUGGCCUCUCAGAUUGUCAUACUGCAAACUUAAUACCACUUUUGAGAAUUGAAACCUAAUAUGCUCUCCAUUUAAAGUUGUAAAAUAUAGAUGUGUUAUGGAUUUAUAACGCAAAUCUUUCAGGGAGGACUUUUACUGAAUGUCUCCAAGCCUAGGAACUUACAGUUUUUCCAAAUAAUUCAUGCUGUAAAAAUUCCUUUAUUUUGAUUUUAUUUUUUAUUGAAGGUUUUUUAAAAGGAUACAACGACAAAGUUAAGACAGUGGUGUACAUAACACAGUUGACAGUACAGAUUGUGCAAGCAUGAACUGGACGUCUUGAAGUUUAAACUUAUUCUAAAAUGACGGAUGUUAAGAAGGUGAAUAGGAAGUAGGGAAAGAAAAAGAGAGGAAAAAGACCAGUGUGACUCACUGGACUUUAGGCUUCCUGUGCAUUGUAUUCUUAUAGUAGUCUUGACUAUACCCUAACAAAGUUAGGCAGAGUACCCAGGUUCCUGUAGGCCAUCUCCUUAUUCAGUCUAGUAGAUUGCAGUGCUUGAGUCAAGAGGGAGACUGAGGGUGUAGUGGUGGACUUCCAGUGCUUUGCAGUUAUAUUUUUAGGUACAGUUAGAAAGAACAUUAAUUAUUUUAUUAAGGAUUUGUGUGGCGUGAUAUAGUAUUUCACCCCUGGACUUGUAGAAGCAAAUGUUCACCAGUAAUCUGUUGGAUAAGCGACUAAAUUGCUGACUAAAAGACUUGAAGAAGUUGGCAGUCCAAAAAUACAUAGAGUAUGGAACCCUUAUCUGUGAUGCAUCGCCAGCAUCUAUUAGAGGAAGAUAGAGAGAUGUACACUAAUUGCACUGGAGUCAGGGACCACCUGAACCACAAUUUCCAAGUAGUUUUCCAGUAGUAAAUACACUUAAAAACACCUCUCAAAGCGGCCAGCACUUUGUCCUAUUCAGAUAGGGGAAAUGCUUGUUUGAGAUCAUUCUCCCAUUUCAGUUUAAAGGAAGGCUUAUGGUGUGAGUCCAAAUUGAGCAUUGCUUGAUAACAGGUGGACAAGGCUUUAAAGUGCAUGGGGGUCCAUAGCAAAGUUUGUAGAAAAGUUUUGGCUUGUCAAGCAUCUUAAUGUGAUGAAAUAGAAGUAUAUGCAUAAUUCUGAGUUUGGUAAGAAUGUCAUUACUGGGCAAGUCAUGUUGGGAUGCUUACUCUUAAAAAGGGAGAAUGCUUUUUUUUUGGAAUACGUUUCGCGCUGUCAUGAUGCCUGAUUGAAGUCAGGCCCUCAGAUCCAAGUCUGUAGUAUGAAAUUGCAAGGAAAUGAUUGGAGCAGAGUACAGAUAAGUACAGGUGAAUAUCAUUUUAAACACCCAUUUACGACACAUAUGCACCACCAAACUGGUGUCCAGCAGUGGGCUUAUAAUUGGUGGUAUUAGAAAUAAAAAAUAGAGGUAAGGGCUGCGCUAAGAUACAGUGAUUAAUACAGAUAGAAUCAGACCAAAUGGCCUAAAUGAAUAGACAAUAAUAAGUAAGCCUGUGUAAUAGAUAAAAAAGAGUCUCUAUUGACACAACAGAAAGUAGAGUAAAACAAAGUCCAUCCAAGUAGUAAAAUGUUCAAUAGAAUAAAAAUCAUUAAAACGUCUCACUGAUAUUUUUGCAUAGAGUAUGUGUACAAUCCGCAGGAGUUGAUCCGUCCGGGUUGUGAAUAAUCCGUAUAUGUGAAGACAAAAAAUAAAAACACGACAAACUGCCAAUGGUGAAAUAUUGUGGAUCCAAAGGUAGAAUAAGUAAAAGGGAGGAUAAUACACUCACAUUUGGAGGAGCUUAGGCCAGCUCUAGGAUGGAGGGCGUUUAGCGGUAUGAUCCCUGCUAAAGGAUAUACUGGAGAAGUGAGUCCGUCGGUCCGGCCUUGGUUACGUCGUACUCCACAAUAUAUAUAUAUAAAAAACAGCAAUAGUGCUCUCAAUUGGAAAAUAAAUAAAAUAGAUCAAAUAAAAUAUACUCACAAGUGUAGAACAGGAAAUACUGCUCUAUUGACACAGCACUGGUGGAAUUAUCCCCACCUAUGGAUUUCUUGAAUCAGGAUACAAUAAAAUAAAAUAAAAAUGCCAGGAAGAAUAACAAUAAAAGUGUAUAUAAAAUAUAAUAAAAUAAGUAGAAGAUUGGUCCUAUUAAAAAGGUAACCAAAAAAACUUUUAUUGUUAUAAAAUACACAAUUUAAAACCAUUAACGCGUUUCACCUUUAAGGCUUUAUCAAAAUGGUAGUAAAACAAUAUACCUGGCAUGAAACAGUAUUUAUAAGAAUAUACAGUGAUUGAAAUUGGCGCCAAAAAACGGUUCCACCAAUUACAAACCAGUAUUAAAACAAAUAUUUAAAACAUGAUUGAAACAAGUUAAAUCUUUGCAAUUGUAUAGGCAAGACUUGUACGUACCAUAUAAUAUAUUUAUAUAUAAAUAACGAGGAUUAUAUUUCAAAAAUAUAUAAAAUAUAUAAAAUGAGUAUCAUAUGAUUGGGGCAAAGCUCCAUGGGAAAUGUAGUACAGGGCAACGAGCGUGAAAGUGUAGGAGGUAGACUUCGGGAUGGUGGGGCAACUUUGUCCCUGAUAUAUUAUGGAUUAAGCCCCUGAUUUGGUCCAAGAACGAACUUAGUUUUACCAGAAAAUAUUGCUCAGAAUGCCAGUCUGCAUUCCACAUCUCCAACAGUUAGGAGAGGUUUCAGGGUAUAAAUGUGCUGGUCACUGGGGGGUUGAAAUACCACCUCAUUUACAACUUGUUGGUCGUUUCUAGGUGGUCAAUACAGUGAGUAGCUUGUUUGAUUUGGGAGAAAGCUCUCUUCCAUUGUUUUGCUGUAAAUGGAUUUUGAAAUUCUGUCUCCCAUUUAGAGAUAUAAGAGAAUUUGAGUGGUGUAGUAAACUCUUGGUUCAUUUUGUAACACAUCACCAACGGGUUCAGGCUAAUCCUUUGUGCCCAACACACUUGUCUUCUAAGGACACCAAUGGUAAUAUGUGGUGAUCUUUUCUUCUAGAUGUAUAAUUGAGAAUGCAUUAUAGCGUUGAAGGAGAGUCUUGGAUAGGACGGGCAAUGUAAGGAACAGUUAGAAGGUCAAAGAGAGGACACUCAUUUUGAUAGAAUGAAUGUAACCACGAGCCACUCUGCAACUAAACGCUGAAGUUUGGUUAGCAGACUCUCAUGAUUUGAUUGGAAGAGAAAAUGUGAAUGCAGUGUUACCAUAACAGGAGAGGUACAUUGUGCGCCAAUCAAAGGGGUGAAAAGCUUGAAGAAUGGAGAUAGUCUGGGACAGGUCAAAUAGAAAAACCUGUGUUUUUGCAUUAUAUGUUUUGUAUUUAAAAAAAUUACCAUAAUAAUUAUAAGAAACAAUAGCUGGGAGUGAUGUUUUGUGGUUGGUUAAGAUGAGUAGGAUAUUGCCAGCAAAAAACGAAAUUAGUUGUUUGUCAAUUGGGGUGGGGAUACCUUAAAUUAAUAGGGCUGUUUAAAGGGACACUCCAGGCAGCCCUUUUUACUCACCUCGUUCCAGUGCCAGGAGCCUUGUGAAGCCGCACCCCCUAUUUCAUCAAAAUGACGAAAUAGGCGGGCGCGAGCAGGGAGCAAUCAGACGCUUCCAUUGGGAAGCGUCAUUUCUCCCUUAUGCGCAUGUGUGGCUUCGCCGCACAUGUGCACAUACUUCAUAGGGCGGCAUUCAUGCCGCCCAAUGAAGUCCUGAGCGCACUACCGAGCAUGCGCGCGGUGUGUGCGGCCGCGAGCUGACUCACAGCUCAGCUUGCGGCCUUUGCCUGCCCCCUCUCCUCUGCUGACAGGCAGGAGAGAGAAGGUGCGCACACAGUGCCUUCUCUCUCCUGCACACGUCAGACGUAUUUUAAUACGUCUGACAUGUACAUGGCCUUUUUAGGGCCCUGCAUGAUAGGAAGUCCCUCUGGUGGCCGUCUGUGUGAAAAUACAGUGUUUACAUUUGAUUGCCUACAGGGAGCUAUAGAUCUCACCUGAACAACUAAAUUAAGCUGUAGUUGUUCAGGUGACUAUAGUGUACCUUUAAGUUUUAAAACCAACGGUUGUAGUUUCAGAAUAAAAAUUAAUGGGUAGAGGGGGUAGCCCUGCUGCCUAGCCCCAUUGGUUAUAUCAAAUCUAUCCUGAGUUAAAGAUUCUCUCUGAAAAUCUAGAAUUGAGGGCUAGCUUUUAAGAAGAAAUCUGGUAAUUCAAAUUUAAAAAGAACUGAGUGGAGAUAUUGGCAGUUGAGUCUAUCUAAAGUCUUUUGGGGUCUAAGGCAACGAGAAUGUAUAUAUUAGCAGAAGGUACAUUUAAUGCUUGUUGUCUAUUUAAAAACUGCUGAUAGAGACGUUCUGAAGGCAGCAACUGUAAAGCAUUGCUAUUGUUAAAGUGGCUCUGACAACUUCUGGGGUCUUUGCAUAUUUUGCAAAGACCCAUGAAGAUGACAUUGCCGAUUGGGUAGCUUGAGUAACUUUUAGGCACUCCAAUUAUAUAAUUGGGCAAACAAGUAGCAUAAGUAUUUCUUCUUUGAGUGAAAAAGGAACUUUUCUGAGAGAUGUUUUUUCACAGUCUAUUCGUUUCUAAGCUUUGGUUACUGGAGCAAGGAAGAUGUGUUAGGCAGAUUUAGCCAGGUUUUUAACUGUAAAAUGCAGGGAUAAUUACCGUAUAUACUCGAGUAUAAGCCGACCCGAAUAUAAGCCGAGGCCCCUAAUUUUACCACAAAAAACUGGGAAAACUUAUUGACUCGAGUAUAAGCCUAGGGUGGGAAAUGCAGCAGCUACUGGUAAAUUUCUAAAUAAAAUUAGAUCCCAAUAAAAUUACAUUAAUUGAGUAUUUAUUUACAGUGUGGGUAUAUAAUGAAUGCAGUGUGUGUGUGUAUAUAAUGAAUGCAGUGUGUAUAUACCGUAUUUAUCGGCGUAUAACACGCACCGGCGUAUAACACGCACCUCAUUUUAAGAAGGAAAUUUCAGGGAAAAAAAACUUACAUUUCAAAUAAAGAACUUCUAACUCCCCCUCCCCCUCUUCUUACCCCCCUUUCUUACUCCCCCCAUCCCCUCUUCUUACCCCCCUUUCUUACUCCCCCCUCCCCCUCUUCUUACUUCCCCCUCCCCCCUUACCCCCCUCUUACUCCCCCUCCCCCUCUUCUCCCCUUUCCCCUCUCUUACUCUCCCUCUUUUUACCCCCUCCCCUCUAUUUACCCCCUUCUUACCCUCCCUCUUCUUACUCCCCACUCUCUUUACCCUCCUCUCUUUGUUUUCGUAGCGGUGAAAGGGUUUGUUGGAACCAAGGAAGCCAAGGAGGAUAGGUAGCAGACGCAGUGUCCUUCCUGUCAGUCCGACCGGGUACAGGAAACCGAAACUCCUGUUCCGCGUGGAACAGGAGUUUCUGUUUCCUGUACCCGGUCGGACUGACAGGAAGGUGCACACUGAGCGUGCACCUUCCUAUCACUCCGGCUGGGCACGGCGGACAGCAGAGCAGCUUGGCCACGCUACAGGGGAGGGGAGGUGAGAACCAACUGCAGCCGCCUGAGCGCUCUUGACAGAGCGCUCAGGCAGCUGCAGCAUUUAAAGGGCCGGCGUAUAACACGCACCCAUAAUUUGCCCCCUAUUUUCAGGGAGAAAAAGUGCGUGUUUUACGCCGAUAAAUACGGUAUAUAGUGAAUGCAGUGUGUGUUUUGUGUGAAUGCACUGUGUGUGUUUGUGUAGUGUGUGUAAACUGGGUGAGGGGAGGGCAUUUUUAUUUUAAUUUUUUAAUUUUAAUAUUAUUAUUUUAAUAUUAUUUUAAUAUUAUUAUUUUAAUUUAACAUUAUUAUUUUACUAUUAUUAUAUUAUCAUUUUAUUAUUAUUAUAUUUUAAUAUUUUUAUUAUUUUUAUUUUAAUAUUUGUAUUAUUUAUUACAUUGUUUUUUUGUCCCCCCUCCCUGCUUGUUGCCUGGCCAGGGAGGGGGGCUAUGUUAAUCCCUGGUGGUCCAGUGGCAUUGGCUGUUCAGUGGGGGGGCUGGCAGUGAGCUGCAACUUAACUUUCCUGCCGCUCCUGUCAGCUCCCUUCUUCUCCGUGCAGCUUCCCUGUCAGCUCCGUUCUGCUCACAGUGUAAGUCUCGCGGUCUGUGUGCCGCGCGGAGCGUUGCCACGGUAACCCGUGGCAACGCAUUGACGGCCGUGGGUGUCGCGAGACUUACACUGUAAGCAGAACGGAGCUGACCGGGGAGCUGCAUGGAGGAGAAGGGAGCUGACAGGAGCUGCAGAAAAGGUAAGUUACAGCUUGCUGUCAGCCCCCAACAGGACUGCCGGGCUUGUAAUGAGCCCGGCGGUCCUGGUCUGUAUAAUGACAAUGUAAGUUACCAUAAUACAGACCUUGACUCGAGUACAAGCCGAGUGGGGGUUUUUCAGCACAAAAAAUGUGCCGAAAAACUCGGCUUAUACUCGAGUAUAUACGGUAUGUCACCUCUGAUAGUCCUAUGUUACUCUGCAACACUGAGGAUAACCGUCUUAGACAGGAAGUGCGGUGCACACUGUAGACAAUAUUUUCCACCGUGUACACGCAUUGUACAGAUUAAUGGGUGGAUCUAAAGCGUAGGUACAGCUGGGUACAAAAUAAAAAAAAUAUAUAUACAGUAGUUACAGUCUGUAAAAAUUUGGGAAACUACAGAGAAAUCCUAAAGGAAUGGGACUUUGUCAUGUUUGCAUAGUGUAGAGCCUUUAAUUUAUAACAUAUAUGGUGAUCAGACAAAAAGUUAUUGUAAAUACUUCUUCAUGCAGGACAUGUGUGUGAUCCGACUGAAUCCAAGAACGUCAAGUGAUGCAGUUUCAUAUGCUCGGCUGUAUUCUUAUCUUAAUCGGAAGCUGAGAUAUGCAAUCAUCAGAAGUCAUGGCAUGGAGGCGUUCCUAGUGCCUCUACCUGCCGGCCAACCCAUCCCUCAAAGAUUGCGUCCUUUGGGAGGUCCAGGUACAACAAUACAUCAUCCCUACCCUGAAGAGAAUUUUUAGUAUAAAAUUUACCUCAUUAUCUAAAUAGUUUUAGAGAUAACACAUAUAUAUUAAAUUAUCUAUUGAUCUUAUUAACAUUUUUAAAUCUUACUGUCUGUAAAGAAAUACAAACAUUACUUUGAACUUACAAAUGCAAUACAAAACAAAUCAGGAACGGAUAUGUGGUGCCAGUAAAAUCAAAUAGAAUCUAUUUGGGUAUGCAUUCCAUCAAAAGGAAAUUCAUGUUUUGUCCUUCAUACCCUAAUCAUGCCUGCGGGCCAGAAAGUCUAUGUUUCUUUUAAAUUUAAUAAAUGUCUAAAUAUAGUUAAUUUGUUUUAUUGGCACCACAUGUUGUUGCAGCCCUUUCCUAAUUUGGAUCGUUCAAAAGAGAGGAUGGAUGGACGGUACCCUCUCUGGGACCGAGCUUGGUGAUAUAUUUUGGUGGCCAGGAUCUCUGAGUGCGAUGCCUGCCUUUUCAUUUUAAAUUAGAGAAAAGUGAGUGAAAGUACCAUGAAUGAUAACCUUGAUUACUAGAGCAGCAUACACAUACAUACAUACUGACAUACAUACACACAGACAUACAUACUGAAAUAUAUACACACACACACAGACAGACAGACAUACACAAACUGACAUACUGAAAUACAUACACAUACAUACAUACAUACAGACAUACAUACACAGAAAAACAUACACACACACACACACUGACAUACAUACAUACACACACAUGCUGACAUACAGACAUAUACAUACAUACAUACACAUGCUGACAUACAUACACAUACUGACAUACAUACAUAAAUUUUUUUACCCUUUUUUUUGCAGGAGGGUGGCCGUGGCUGAUGGGAGUCGGCGUGGCUCUCCCAUCCUCACGUCCUGUCUCUCUUCCAUCCCACGUGGAGGGAGUUGGGAGGAAGUGACCAGUCGUCACCUCCUCCCAAAACUACUUGCGGCUGCAAUUUUUAAAAUAGGCCUGGUUGCGCUAUUGCACGGCCGCAGCGCGCUGACCGGGCCCUGAAGAUAUAGGGCCCAUAGGGAUUGCUAUUGUGGCUAGACAGCGGCAGGUUCUGCAGUUGCCGGGCGGGCCAGAUCUGACCUGCGGGCCAUAGCUUGAGGACCCCUGAUCUAAGACAUCCAGAGUAUCAACAGCAUGAUUUCACUCUUUGUUUUGUGAAUGACUUUAACAAGCCACUUUUUUUUAACCCUGGCUUCUAUAAUUGUCAUGAAAGGGACAGCGUGAACCAGCCACUAAUCUUCCAUUACAAACACAACAAUACACCUGCCCACAAGGAUGCUCUUAUAUUUUGCGAGCAUGGCCAUCACUUGAGACCUUUGGUUCAAGUUUCCAUUUGCUUUACAGUUGUCUUAAGUUUCCUCUUUACUAAUACAUAAAUUUGGGGACUGACUAAGUAUAGUAUUUGUCUCAGGUGACAUUAAUGAAAAGCAGAAACAUAUUAAAACAACUUAUGAACUAUUCUCUAUGUAUUGUGUAGUUUUAGAGUUGAGAAAGGUGGGUCUUUGUGACCCAGGCCUCUCUCCUUGUUAUCUGAAUUUCUUUCUCCUAUUUUUCACAAGGAUUUUUAGUUUUAGUGCAUUUAAUCAGAUAUGUUUUUUGCUUUAUCUAGGUUUGGAAGACAACCAUCCUAUUCUGCUUCUGAUUUUGCUUCUUCCAAGCCAUCCUUCCUGGACAGCUUAUCCCAAAAAAUCUUCCAAGAAACAUAAAGAAGGUUUGGAUAUCCCAGAUGAUAUUUUCUCUGACAUAUUAGCAGAUGUGGAACGAGAGGAGAGACAAAUGGCCGAGCAAGGGCUCCCUCCUCCAGGUUUCCCAAAUUUUGAGCAGUGGAAUCAGAAUUCUGAGGAUACAGGAGAGGAAGUUGGCAUGCCUGAGAUCAUGAAUAUGCUCCAAAAUUUGAGCAAUGGCCUUCAGUUCCCAGGAGAAUUCUCUGGAAUUAUAGGAGAGAGUCAGGGUGCUAAUAUUAUGCCACCUCUCCAUGUGCCAAAUGCUGUUCCAUCAGGUCUCCCAUAUCCAUCUUUUCCAUUGUAUCCAGAAGCAGCCUACCCUGGCUGGCAUGGUAUGUUGCCCCCUACUCAUGCAGUAAAUCCAUUGCCCAUUGACCCAGCCAAUCUCUUCUCUUACCCGCUUUCACAAAUAAUACCACCUAACUUCUUACCUGAUCAACAUUUUACUGCAGGACCUCAACCUUUUACAUAAAUGUUGUAGUUGUUUUGUUAUAUUUAAGUUUUUUUGGUUUUUUGUAACUGUUAUGUUUUAGCAAAAUAUUGAAAAAAAUACAUGUAAUGUGCUGAACAUCAAAGCUGAAAUUUUAAUUUGUCUCAGUAAGUUGAAAGCCAUACUUUCUAUGGGAGUUUCAAAUGUUCAAUAAUUGUUUUCUGAAGAAAGCAUAACUGUCUGUUUUUAGCAAGCAACAUCCCCAUAUUAAGCUGUUUAUUCACUGAACAUCUAUUUGUAGUGAAUUGAAAACUGAAUGACAAAAUGUAUGCAAAAACAAAUGAUUUGAAUAUAUUCUUCAAAUACCAGAAUUUUUAAAUUUGUUUUUUAGUUCACUACUAUUCUGUAUUUAGUAAUGUAUAAAUGUGCCAGAUGUGACAAGUUUACAUAGGUUGAUUAUAGCCACUGUUAUAUCUGGGCUACAAAUACAUGCAUUUUGUCAAACACCUCAAAGCCCAUGUAAGCUUUGUGUUGUUGAAUUUCAGUGAUUUCUUUUCUGUUGCAUGUGUACAGUUGUACUGUAAAAUGGGUAAAUCUGAAGCAUGGGAUAUGUUUUUACAUUUGUAUACUAAAAAUGUUAAUAUACGUUGACUUAUGGCGUGGAAUCUUUUUCUUUUCUUUUUUACAACUUUAACAGGUUUGAAAUUGUGUUUUAAUGUAGGUUAGGUUAAAUGUGGGUCUUACUAAGGCUGCCUGUUACAUUUUUUCUAUAUUCUAACUGGUUAUUUCUUAUGUUUCCAAUUAUUAGUAUCCAUUAUUAUCCAUGAUUAUAGAUGACGAAUAGUAGUAAAAUAUAAGAUAGUUGCAUUAAAUGUCAUUAUAACAAUCUAUUCUCAUAUACCCUGAGCUUUUCAUCUCCUCGUAACGAUACAUUUAAAAACACGUACAUCAAUGUUGUGGCUUAUUUGUAUCCGUAUUACUUUUCAACUGUCAUGUCAUGUGAGUCAUUAUCUGUCCUGAACACUCUGUCCUUACUUUGUAACAGCAGAACUUGCUUGCUCUUUUUCUUUUCUCUCCAACCUGUUGUUCUGAAGAAUCAUCCCUGUAGGCUCUCUUUUGUAGUUUGAUUCACUAAGCCACACAAUAUAAGUUGGUCUUAUUGUGAAGGGUAUCUUGUUUUAACUCAGAAAGGAAUACUUGUUCUCUUUUCCUGGAAUGCCACUGGUACAAACAGAACGAUUGUCUGGCUGCUCCAAAUAAGGCUACUCUCCCAAGAACAGAUUGAGCCAUUAGUAUACUUGUGAAAUGACUUAGGCAACAAGUACAGGGCCAGUCAUCCUUUCAUCCGAAGUAUAGUGACAGUAAUAAAAGAGAAAUAUAGGAUUUGUUAAAAAUACAGUUAAAAUUUUCACACAUUUCUGUUUCCCGUGAAUCAAAACACAAACAAGAAACACUUGAAGCCUGCAACAAAAUGAGUCAAUAUCCCUCUUGAUGCUUACAUGGUAAUCCUUUGUCUUUAUCUAACUUUAUGCUUCAGCAUUGCUUCUUGUGUCACAUUAUUUGCAAUAAGGUUUUUUAACCCCUUAAGGACUGGACUGUUUUUGCGAUGUUGUACAUUUGCGACCAGGAAUAUUUUUACACUUUUGUGGUGUUUGUGUUUGGCUGUAAUUUUCCGCUUUCUCAUUUACUGUUCCCAUACAAAUUAUAUAUUGUUUUUUUCAGGACAAAAUGGGCUUUCU